UUCACACACCAUGGCAGUUGCCUCCUACACGCUUUACGGGGCUUGUGAAGGCCAUCGAAACAGCUCCAGUAGCUCCAGCGCAGGGCCGUGUCUGGUCGCCAAGGACGGCAAUGGCACGUUAACCAGUGUCGAAGCGGCGAACGGGGUCGUCAACCUGCAAAACGCUAGCAUAAGCGAUGUCGCUAGCUUCCCGCCGACCGCUACUGUCGUGGACCUCUCGAUGAAUGCGAUCGCCCAGCUUGGAUCCGACCCUGUGCCUGCCUUGCGGCUUUUGAACCUGAGCCACAAUGAGUUCCGUACGACUGACGCACUGCCGCGAUUCGCCGCCCUUCAGACGCUGGACUUGAGCUACAACGCCAUUGCGUACGUGGGUAACUUGACGCUGGCGCUGCCGAGCGUCACGCGCUUGAGUUUGGCCAACAACCGCAUCACCGCACUUCGCAACCCGACGUUUCCACUGAGCCUCCAGUCAUUGGACCUCUCUGGCAACACCAUGACAACGUUUGACGUGUCCUCAGCGACGUUUCGCCAGCUCAACGCGCUGCCGUACCUUUCACUGGGCAACUUUAGCAUCACGGCGUGCUCGGGCGCGCUGCACCUUCUGCGGUCGAGUGUCGUGUGUGUCCUCGACUCGGACACGCCGCCUUCGACGCUGCUCAUGACGGCGUACGGCCAGCUCAUCAUGGUCCUCAGCUGCAUUGGUCUCUUCGUCUUUGCGUAUCUUGUGUGUGCCAAGCGCGUGCUCGACUCGCCCGGCCCGCCCGCCAACCAACAUCUGCGGGAUACGUGUCUGAGCUCGGCCUACUCGAUCAUGGAGGACGACCCGAUGGAGUACCGCAUCUCGCUCUCGAUCGAGAUGGACACCAAGCCGUUCGAGACGAUUCUGUUUCACGACACACGGCUCAUGCCGCUGCAAAUGGCGAUGAAGGACAUCAAGAAGCUCAAGCUAUUGUCGUCUACAGCGUACACCAUGUACGUGGCCGAGCGACACGGUGCCAAGGUCCACGCGACCAUGCUCACGCCGUGCACGAUCGAAGAUACGCCGACGUAUCUUGGUGGCCUCGUGCACGAAAUCGCUUUUCUCGCGCGGCUCUCCCACCCCAACAUCGUGCCGCUGCUUGGCUUUGCCACGUCGUCGUCGCUCCUCGACUUGACGGUCGUGACCGAGUUUAUGGCGCUCGGGUCGCUGGCGGACGUCUUGCGCGAUGCGAACGUCGUCAAGUACCUCCGCUGGACGACGCCCACGAACGGAGUCGUGCCGCCCAAGGCGCAGCUGGCCCUCGACGUUGCGACAGCCGUAGCGCAUCUGCAUGCGCUCGACGCCCCGGUUCUGCACAAUGCGAUCUCGCUCGACCACGUCUUUGUCUCGAGCGAAUGGCGCGCUCAUCUCGGCGCCUUCAUGUACGCGUCGUAUCUCGACGAGCCCAAGACGAUCCUCGCUCCCCAAGCCGCGCCCGAGGUCGUAGCCAACGGACUCCGCUCGACGCACUCGGAUGUGUACUUGGUCGGGCGGCUCAUUGCUGACUUGGAGGUGGCGAAUGACAUGCCCGAGACAGUGCGCGCGAUCGUGGUGUCGUGCACAGCGCUGGAGCCGACGGCCCGCCCAUCGGCGCUCGAGGUCGCGACCCGCUUGCACCACUGUCUCUCGAGUGCCAACACGGUUGACGCAACCGUGUGAGGCAUGUGCGUUCGAUAGGACUUAGUACAAUUCAGUUAUUCGUUGUUGAAGUAUCCAUUAUUUGUUGGAUCUCGU